AUGUCAGAGCCACCUAAUGACUAUUAUAAGUCCAAAUUGAAUGAUCCAUCGUUAUUUUCAUCUUCCGAGCCCAGUGUAAAAAAUGAAGCGUCUCCUCCCGCUUUGCAGAGUACUGGGCAAAGGCAGCCGGAUGGGGCUAAGUAUUUAGAGCAUGAUCUUCGUGGUGUACCUGGGGGUAAAUCUGCCCCGUACGCAAAUCCAAACUCUUCAACUCCAGCGCUUUUUGGUCAUCACAAGACAUCGUCUUCAGUUUAUUCAAAUGGGCAAAUUUUUGGCUCCUUCUCGUCAGAAAGCAUAACACCUUCAGUUUCGGGACAAGAAGCAUCCCAAAUCAAUGGUAGCAUGGGUCAAUUGCCUGUGUAUGCGCCCUCGUUAUAUGCUCCGUCAAAUUGGGGAUCGUCGGUUUAUACUUUAUCCAUGCGACCCGAGUUAGAGAAUAAUUUUCAUGAUCCUAGCUCCGGUUUUGCAAAUUCCCAGGUUCUAGGGGCCGAGAACUAUCAAUCACCAUAUUAUAUGCCAAUCAGAAGUGCGGAUGAACCGCGACCUUUGGAACAACUUAUCCGUAGGUUUUCGGUUUGGAAAAUGAUUAUAAAGCAGACUCUGUUUUACUUAAGGGAAACGGCUAUAUUCAAAAAGCAAACGUACCUUGGCAAUAAGGCUAUGGUUAACAAUUUAGAAAUCUUGAGAAAACAGAAUUCCGGUAAGUUAAAGUUCAAAGGAUCCAUGAAUAAUGCCUCAACAGCAGCCAAGAAUUUAAAAAAGAGUAUGAGUACGCCUGAUUUAUCAAUGAGCGAACAGCAACAGCUGUAUGAAGAUAUGGAACAGCGUAAUCGAAAAACAGCUGAGACCUUUAACGAAAAUACUUCUCUUGGAAAGUUUAUUAGAAAGGCUUUUCUGCCACCUGGUGAUCACUCAAUUUUAUCUCUUUCGACAACUUUCUAUAAUACGCAUCUCGCACUAGCGGAGAGAAAUCUUGUCACCUCUAAUCAAAUCACAACUAAAUUGGUGCCUAGACUUCAAAGUUUAAAAGAAAGCUUGGACGAUACAAUAAAGCAGAUGUACACUGUCAAAGGCUCAUCUGAUUAUAAGACCCGGGAACUUAAAACAGAAAUUGCCAAAACUGGGGCAAUUUUGAGUGAUUACAUAUGUUCCGUUGAACUUUUGACGAAGGGAGAGACCAAAACUAGUUUAGGCACUACCUUAAAAUUCACAAGUAUAGAUCCUAAGAAUGAUCCUUAUUUAUUAAGAUUAAAGCUUGACCUUCAACUGAAAGAGCAGCUAUUUACUGAAGCACACAUCACGGAUGCAUAUUUUGAUUUACAAUAUAAAGCAGUUCAGCUAGAAUCAAUUCUUUAUAGAGAACUACAAAAUGUGAUGGGUGCCUUUUCCAAUCUUAUAAAUGCCGAGCUUGAUUGUUCUAAGGAUAAUCUAGUUGCAGAUCUCACUGAAGGAUUUCUUCGUAACGAUCCUACUAUUGAUUGGGACUGCUUCAUUUCUAACGAUAAUAUGCAUAACUUGAUGUAUGUCACUGCAAAAGAUUCAUUACGGAGAGAUAGAAAAAUAAGAAAAAAGUCGGAUGUGAUCUAUCCGUAUCAAAAUGAUAGUAUAAGUUCCUGUGUGCUGAGUGGUUACAUGGAAAAGAAAUCGAAAAUAUUGAAGACAUAUUCAAGGGGUUUCUAUGUUCUUACUUUCAACUUUUUACAUGAAUUCAAAGGGCAAGAUCGCAGAAAAGAGGUAAACCCAAUUGCUUCAUACUCUUUGGACAAAAUUAGUGUCUCGGCUUCUGGUAAGGACCCUAAAAAGUUUAUCUUACACACGCUAACACGCUCAGACAAAGUUAAAUCCAAGUUCGUUUUUCGGUGUGAAUCUGUUGAGGAUACUAAUCAUUGGCUUGAUUGUUUUAGGAAAUUGUGUAGCUUCACGACCGCAGCGGAUCGGAACAAUUCUCUCAGCGAAGCUAUUUCUCAGUGUGACAAAAAGCAGGCUGAAUGGGCGGGUGAAAAGGAACUCGGGACGCAGAACAAUAUGAUCAAUGCUGGCAGACUUGGUGGAGUGUCAUCUCCUGGUGAAUCGGUAAUGUCCGAUGAGUCUGAUGUCGGGCAAUCGGCCGAACCUCGUGCAAACGAUAAUUAUCAUAGUAACCAUUCCUCCGGUUCUUCUAUGAAUUUGUCUGGAACUAGAGCAGGAAACUAUAGUUCUGCUAGUGAAAGUACAGAUGAAAAAGAAGUUUCACCGUGUAAUUCCCUUAAGCAAUCUGAGGGGAAGAAUUCUUCGGCAUUUUCUAUGAGACUUCCAACUUUUCAGUCAGUCAAAUCACCACCGUCAUCAGAAGGCAGCACGCCAAAGGAAACAAGUUUGCGUGCUCAGCUUCAGCGUCAUAAAAAGGCAGAAAGUUCAAGUACUGUUUCUCUUGAUAUGCUUAAUGAGCAUCUUAGGGAGCAGCGGGCUUCAAUGGUUAAAGAUGUGCGUGCCAACAAAUCGAUGUGGCCAGGUCUUGCAACACAAAAGCUGUCUCCUGCCGGCAAAGCUAGGUUACCUUCUGAUGAUUUGUCAGGAGCAGUUAUGUCCGAUUAUUUCAGUUAUGCUGCACCUUCGGCAAGAACCCAAAUGAGAACUGUGAGAGGCCGCUCAAGAUCGAAGUCGUCUCUAAAUUCAUAUUCCAGAGCCUCGUCUACAUCUCGAUCGAGAUCAGUGUCACCCGCCCCAAUUCCACGUAUCUCGUUCUCGUCAUCUAGUUCGCCUGCAGGAAAUUUACCGGGCCAGAUGCAGAAUUUAAAUCUCAAGGAUGAUGGGGUCAUACAAUCCUCUACAAAGAAGCCUGAAGCAUUUCUCAAUCCUCGAAAUAGAGUUGGUCGUAUUGCCCUUCCACAAAAUGAAAUGCCCGCUGAUUUUGUUCUCCCGGUAACAACGCCUGGUGUAAUACCCAAACGUUCAAUCAGAGAUGUGUUUCAAAAAGGGAAUAUUAGUAAUAAUCAAGGUAUGACUCAGGCCGGAUCCUCGACAGAGCCAUCGUCACCAAAUGAAUGGAAUUCAUAG